GCGUCCCAACUGCACACAGCCCAUGCUGCUCGGCACACUCUCACACACAAAGAAAACAAACCCGUUUGUCUGCCUCUUAGCUACCCGGAAACUGAUCAGAGAGAGACAGAGAGAAAGGGAGAAAGAGAAGUGCAUGUCUGCAGUUGAGUUCCUGUCCUUAACCAGCAUGAGCGUGAGUGCCUCUUCAAAAUUUAGGACACAGAGAUACAAUCAGACAGACUGAGAGAAACCAAAUGGAUGAGAGCGAAAAAGGCUGAGCGAGAGCACCAAAUGUCUGUAUGGGUGGAGUGAUGGUAGGACCUGGAGGCCAGUAGAUCUGAGAGCAAAGCUUUAGUAUUUUGAGUAUUUUUGGUGUCAUGGUUUUGGGUUUCUCUUUGCUUGUGAGCAGUCUUUAUAAUGAAGACAUGGCAAAAGGACACAUGACUAGAUCUUUGCACAUUUUAUCUAUGGAGCAGUAGCAUUUUUUUAUUGUAUUUUUUUUCCACUGAAACCAAACCUGCAUAGUUCAGGUGUUGCACCUGUGUUGUUUGGGUAGGUAAGCUUUUCUUGUUCUGCUAGUGAGGAAUGUAUUUUGUGAAAUGCAUGUGGCAACGAUGACAAACAUCGCUCAUCACUUCUUCGCACACAAGGAUUGUUAACUGGAUUAUUGAACAGAGUUUUGUAGUGGUAAGAUGACUCUUCAUUUUGAAAUCAUCACAGUUACAGCUACGUUUGAACUACUGUUUUACAUCAUAUCAUUACCAGUGAUAACAAGACAGAGUUACUGGGGAAGUGGUUUUCAGAUAAAUCACGCUACCUAAAAAUAGACUUCUUUUCAGAGAAUAAUGGGGACACAAAUUAACCACUUGUUAUUGUAUCUGACAGUUUGAUAAGUUAUAGCUGCAGAGGUGAAAGAGAAGGAAGUGAUUGGUUUCAACGCUAUUUUAGAUGACUGUUGAUUCAGACACAUGUCUGAAUCUUAACUAGCACUCCACGUGUGGCACAUUGGAUAUAUCUCACCUAUCAUGGCAACAGCUAGACGUUCGAGUCAAACUCCUGACACUUCUCAAUCCAUGUCCCAGCCCCCCACCAGUGCGGACCGUAAACUUCUUGACAAAGUUCUCAGGAGACUCGACAAACUGCAUAAACUGAGCACUGACCCCAGACUGGGUCUUAAAAACAGCCCGCCGUACCUUCCCGAACUAGUGUUGGAGACCACCAUCCACCUGACAGAAGUAUGGGCUCCCUACAGGGGGUCCGUGAUGGCCAUGCCACGAAGUGACGAGGGUGAUUAUCUGAGGAUCCAUAUUCGACACUUGCUGGACAAGGCAGAUAGAGCUGUGCUGCUGUUCAAGGAUGGCAAGGAGAGGAUGUUUGAGGAGACAUCAAGCUACAGGAGAAAUCUUACUAAGUUGUCACUCCUCUUCAGCCACAUGUUGAAUGAACUACAAGCUUUGUUUCCUGGGGGACGAUUUCAGGGUGAUACUUAUAGAAUUACAAAGACAGAGGCCAAAGACUUCUGGAGGAAAGCCUUUGGACACAACUGUAUAGUGCAGUGGAACAUUUUUAAACAGCAGCUGAGGAGGGUUCAUAGCUUUGAAGAGGGAAUGGAGGCCAUGGCUUUGAAGUCCACGAUUGAUCUCACUUGUAAUGAUCACAUAUCCAUCUUUGAGUUUGAUAUAUUCACCAAGCUUUUUCAGCCCUGGUCAACUUUGUUAAGAAACUGGAAUCAUUUAGCAGUAACUCACCCAGGAUACAUGGCGUUUCUCACCUAUGACCAGGUCCAGGUCCGACUAGAGCACUACAGACAUCAUCCUGGCAGCUACAUCUUUCGUCUCAGUUGCACACAAAUGGGUCAGUGGGCGAUUGGUCAUGUGACCAGUGAUGGCAGCAUUGUGCAAACCAUUCCUAAAAAUACACCUCUCUUUCAAGCACUCAUACAAGGUUUCAGUGAGGGCUGUUACUUAUACCCUGAUGGGCGUGAUAUGAACCCUGACCUCACCAGCCUGUGCAGUCCAACUCACAAGGGUCGAAUCAAAGUCACUGAGGAGCAGUAUGAAUUGUACUGUGAGAUUGGCAGCACAUUUCAGCUCUGCAAAAUCUGCACAGAACGAGACAAGGACACUCGCAUUCAGCCCUGCGGCCAUCUUCUGUGUCAGCGCUGCUUGACUGGCUGGCAGAAGUCAGAUGGGCACACAUGCCCCUACUGCCGCUGUGACAUCAGAGGCACAGAGUCCAUCCUCAUUGAGCCCUACCUGCCAACCAGAGACAGGAGGGCAGGGGGGAAGGAGGAAGAGGAGGAAGAUGAAGAUGAGGAGGAGGAUCACGUGGAUAUAGAGCUGGUGAUGAAAAAACUGGCUUGUAUGAAACAGAUUUCUCAGGAGGAGUAUCAAGUUCCCCAUUCCAGUCUGUCACUUCCUCCCCUUCCUCCCAAAAGACAUUUACUCUCCCCUUGUCCAUCUCCCAAACCACCCUCCAGAUCCUUGAGCAUAGGCACAAAGAAAGUCAAACACAGUUCCUGGUCAGAAAACAUGCUAAGACAAACUUCCUCAGAUAGAAGUGAAGAACUUUUGGAAGACUUCCAUCCCUCCUCUCUGCCAAAUGUCAGACUCAGUGGGGUGUCUUGUGAAGGGCCUUCAGAAAGUGUCAAAAUGAAGAGGAAAGUGAAAAGAAGGAACAAGGAAGAAGAAGAUCAUGACAGAGCUAUGGCGGAUGACAGAGCUAUGGCGGAUCCAGCAUCUCCCUCAGGAAGUUAUAUUCAUGGGGAUAUGGAAGGAAACACUUCAUCCUGACAGCAAAAUUCACUUCCGAAUUCAGACUGUAAAGUAUAUUGGCCAGACAAAGCAAUUGUGUGAUAUCA